AUGGAUCCCCUUUCGAUCACGACGAGCGUGAUCGCUCUAGUUCAGGCCCUCGCUGUGGGAGUCAAGUUCUUUUCCUCCAUGCGACAGAUUCCAGCGGACUUCUGCGACCUCAGCAAUGAGCUCACAGACCUUCAGGCAGUCGCCGAGCAAGUCAAAACUUCUCUCCAAGAGAUGGAAAACGACGACAACAAAAAUGCAGCCGUCCCUGGCAUCACUACUGCUACAAUACAGACCUUGGAAGACGACUUCGUCUUGAUAGUUCAUGAACUAGAAGCCCUUUGCGGACGCCUCCAAAAAUCAGACCGGCAUGUAGACAUGGUUGGAGAGCUGCGUGAGAGGGACAACGUCGCUAGGCUUCGGGCGAAAGCGAGCAAAACCAAGCAGAGCUUGAUGUUGCGUUUCAUUGCUCUUGUGUCGUCGCAAAGUACACGGCAAACAAAAGUCGUGCUAGACGGACAACAAGCAUUCAGUGCCUGCUUCGAAACGAUGAGCGACAGAAUCGAGGCGGGCAACGCUGUGCUUCGAGAGACGCAGAGCAAGAAUAAUGACGUAUGCGCUUCACUUCAUCGGAUGUUAGCCGCUGAGGCCACGAGCGCAGAGCCAUCACUGCCAUCCACUCCUCAUGGACAGAGGCCGAAUGCCGGAGUCGACGAGCCCCUGUCAUCGAUAUCUAUACACGCCUCACUCCGACAGGUUUGCCCACCAUAUUGCAAGUGCCAGUGUCAUUUACCUUCGUCGGUUUGGACACCAACCUGGGUACGGUCAGUGCUAGGAUCGUUGUUCUUCGAGUAUAACGACAUGCCCUUAUUGAUGCCCCGGAAAUGCGAUGAUUUAGGUUGCCGUAAUCAUUCCUCUCUGCGACUCAUCUACGUCUUUCCGAAAUGGUUCGUAUCUAGGGCCGUUUUUCUCACGACCUCUUGGGGAAGUCUCACUGGAUUGGGGUCGAGCUUGUAUUUGCAAGUUCCCAGGGUAGUGCCGAGUGUGCAGAUGCUGUCAGCGGUCUACAACUCCGACAUAGAUUGGAUCAAACGAGGCAUCUCAAACUCAACCGUACUGCCAACAGACGUCGAUGAAACUGGUAACUCACUUCUCAUGAUCUCACUUCGAAACGUAAAUCUGGAGGUCGCCAAGUUUCUUCUCGAUCAUGGCUGGUCGAGGAGCACUCGAAACAUGACAGGAUGGUAUGUUCACCAAAUGCGCCAAGCAACUCAAAGAGCCCAGUUCUCACUGUUACUUAGGACCGUGCCUAAGCGGGCACGUAUAGUUCUCUACUCCGCAUCGAAGCAAGACCAUCUUUCCACGUUCGAUCCAGACCAUCGCUAUAUGAUUGAGCAACUUGCACGUGGAGAAGACCGACAAGGAGGAAAAUCAACGCUCAUACACGAUUCUGUACUCGGAGUAGUUCCGAUUCCUCUACCAGAUGCAAUUACACAGGCUCCUUCCGACAUAGAUUGCCUUGACGAUAUCGGAUGGUCUCCACUGCACUGGGCAAUCUUCUUGAACGACUACGACUCGUUUGAGGUCCUCCGUAGCCGAGGCGCUGGCUUGGAAGUGAGAACGCGGGGAGGUUGGACACCUCUUCACUACGCUGCCCACUACGAGCCGCCCGGCUCGAUCAGAAUGGCUGCGGCACUCCUGAAAGCUGGGGCAAAUGCGCAUGCUAGAGUUCAAAAUCACAUUGGGCCCAGAGGGGAGACUCCCAUCAUAUUCGCUUUCAACAACCCCGACAUGAUUAAAAUUCUACUGGAACAUGGAUGUGACACCAUUGUUCAGACGAACCUGAACUGGGAAACUCCUCUGUCAUGGUUUGCUCGUGGAGCAUGCAAUGUUGAGCGAAACGAUCUCAGGAGACGCAAUUGGGAACGGUCGUUGGACUUGCUCGUGAAUAAUGGCAUGGAUAUCGACCUUCCCUCGAAGCAGGCAGGUUACGAAGGUCGAACACCCAUCCACGACGCUAUACUGUGGCGAAACGCCGCCCUGUUGGAGCUUUUAUUGGAGAGAGGAGCGAGGUAUGAUGCGAUCGAUAGUAACGGGUCUGGUAUCUUGCACUUGGCGGCUCAGAGUGCAGGGCUGGAUGUCAUUGAGAUUCUUAGGGAUGCCUGCACAAGGGGUCUAAGUCCAAACCAGCCAAACGUCGCAGGUGACCCGCCGAUGAAGAUUUUGAUGGCCAGAAUGCUCGGCGAGGAAGCCAUGCGCCAGCCAGGAGAUACAGUGCCAGCAUAUGACGAGUUUCUCCUUUUCAAACAGCUUCUGCAGGAAAUUCAGGAACGAAAUUUGGGGCUGUUUAGGACGAAAGACCACGUCAAUUCGGUCGAAGACGAUGCCAUCUCCAAGAUUGGCGGGCCGAAAGCCGCCUGCGACGGUGACGACAACCGGACGUUUGAGAGCAAUCUGGCAUACAUGAACACGGUUCUGUCAACCGGUGCCAUAGAGGGGUUUUCUUGA